AUGGCUCGUCUCAGUUAUUUACUGCUAUCCUCACUGGCCGUCCUCGGCGCCAAUGCAGCAUCCGCUGUCAUAGACCUCACCCCGGACAACUUCGACUCGAUCGUCCUCAAGUCCGGCAAGCCGGCCCUCGUCGAGUUCUUCGCUCCCUGGUGCGGCCACUGCAAGACACUCGCCCCCGUAUACGAGGAGCUGGCCCAGAAUUUCGAGUCCGUCAAAGACAAGGUCACCAUUGCCAAAGUCGAUGCCGAUGACCACAAGGAGCUCGGCCGCAGGUUCGGCGUCCAGGGCUUUCCGACCCUCAAAUGGUUCGACGGCAAGAGCGACACCCCGAGCGACUAUAGCAGUGGCAGGGACCUCGAUAGUCUAUCCGCUUUCGUUACCGACAAGACGGGCGUCAAGCCUAAGACCAAGAAGGGCGUGCCUUCUGAGGUGGUUAUGCUCACGGACUCGUCAUUCAAGCAGGAGAUUGGCAAGGACAAGGACGUCUUGGUUGCCUUUACCGCUCCAUGGUGUGGACACUGCAAGACCCUCGCCCCGACAUGGGAAACCCUCGCCCGUGACUUCGCCUCCGAACCCACCGUCCUGAUUGCGAAGGUCGACGCCGAAGCACCCAAUGCCCGCGCCAUUGCCGAGGAACAAGGAAUCAAGUCCUACCCGACGAUCAAGUACUUCCCCAAGGGCUCAACCACACCAGAGGCUUACAACGGCGGGCGCACCGAGAAAGACCUCGUCAGCUUCAUGAACGAGAAAGCCGGCACGCACCGCGCGGUAGGAGGUGGUCUUGACAGUACCGCUGGCCUUAUCCCCGAGCUGGACGAGCUCGUCAAGCAGUACCUGGUUAAACCGGAUCCGGAGAUUCUCAAGCGGGGGUACAAGGCGAUGAAGGAGAUGGGCAAAGAUGUGUAUGUGGAGUACUACGGCAAAGUCGCGCAGAAGCUCCAUGCCAAUGCGGACUAUGUCGAGAAGGAGCUUAAGCGGCUUGAAGGCCUGCUGAGCAAGGGCUCCCUUGCCCCUGCGAAGUUGGACGAUUUGACGAAGCGCAGCAAUAUACUGCGGCAGUUUAGGAGCACGGAUGCCGGCAAAGAGGAACUAUGA